UGUUGGCGCCAAAGCUAGAAAGGGAGGCGUUGCGGCGGGGCUGGGGGUUCCUCAGUCGCCACGCCCCUAGGGCUCCCCUGCCACGUGACCGGGGUUCGGGCCGCCCUGCCGGGGGCGAUGCCCAGUCGGAAGCGGAAGCGGUUUUGGAAUGCAGAGUGCACGUCCUUCCCAGAUGAGACAACCCUACAGCUGAAAAAAUCAAGUCUCAGGACAUCAGUGGCUGCUGCUUCAAUUUCCAGUGCGUGGCUUAGGUGUGGGGAUGGCUUUCAGAGUACUUCUAUGCUGGAGUCAUUGAGAUCUGCUGGUAAUAAAUCUAAGACUAAGAAGCACCUUGGACCACUUCUAACAACUGCGGAAAGCCCAGUUGGAUCUGCUGCUGAAAGCUCUAAGGAGGUUGAAGACAUAAUUUGGACCUCUAGUGGCAGUGAUUUUUCAGAUGAUGAAAACAAAACAUCGAUUUCAAGGUUACACAACAAAAAAAGUCUCACUUGCAAAGCAGAGAAGUCACAGGGCAGAUGUUUUUUGUUAGAGGACAGAAGUGAUGAAGAUGAAUCAGAGUUUAUUGACUGGGAGAAGGAUAGUGAUUCUACAGAUGAAUGUGAUGAAUCUGAGAAAGAUGACAGCUCACUGGAGAUAUCAGACACUGACUCCUGCACAAAUCUUAAUUCUCUACCUGUCCAAGAGGAGAAUGAUGAGCUUUGUAAGGUAUGAAUUCGCUCAUCUAUGCUACAACUACAGCUGCCUUCUUCAUUCUGCAGUGGAACUGUCAUAAAAACGGGAUGGGGAAUUAUCUCUACUGUGGCUUCUCUUCUGUGAAGAUUGUCACUAAUGUUUGGCCCAUUUGUCAAAAGAUCAUUAGUUGUUUAUAGGGAGCUUUAAAAUUAUUUGCUCUUUUACUACCUUCCUUUGUCCUGGUCAACAUCUGGUUGUUUUUCUCCGAUAUGUGAAUUUGUACUCGGUGUAUAUAUAUUCUACACGAGAGAUAAGGGAAAAUGGUAAAAGAACUGUAUUUUUUCUAUGCCUUUCUAGAUUUUUACUUUAGGAUGCAGUUAUUCAGAAAAUGGUGUUUUGAGCAUGAAAAAUUACAACUUCAAAACAUCAAGCACAUAACAUUUCCUUUUUCAUGUUUUUCAUUUUUCAGGAAUUAAAGCAGACUUCUUUUCCCAACCACUAUAGAAUUAUAUCUAAUAAAAUGCAAAUGGUAAGCCAUAAGUAGGAUUCUGGUUCAAAAAAAAAAAAAGAAAGGACCUCUGAAAGGAUUUUCUAUGAUACUAAGCAGGAACCCAGUAACUUCUUAUGCAGUUUUUAUUGUCUCUUUGAUUAGCAGAUUUAUUUGUUUAGCAGUUCUUGUAGUUGUAAUAAUACUUCAGAGUGCAUAGUAAAGACAUAACUCAGUGUAGCCUUCCUAAUGUUGGAGGGCUUUGCUAGAGACGUGGGCCCUCUCCUUGAUACGUGUCUGUAUUGUGUUACUAGACAAUCUGCAGCAGAGCAAGAAUGUUGCCCUCCUUCAGCAAGUGGGUGAAGGGUGCUGUGGCACAGCACCAGCUAUUAACUGCUUUUCAUGUUUGUACUGAAAUGGUAGAAGCACCUUCAGUGGACAGCCCAGGUAGGCUGCAUGUUUGCUUUGCCAUCUCCUGUGGAUCUAUCUGUUUGGACUCAUGCUAGGCUGAAGUUGUGUGUGCAGAAGGUUCUGAGGGUGAAUCCAGAUCCAUCUUCCUGCUGUUGUCACUUACGUCCUGGCUGGAAGGUGCUGCUGCAGGCUUGUGCUGUCAGAACAUUGAUGAGAUCACAUAUGACAGGAAUGGGCCCUAAGGAGGUGUCUGGAGAAAGCUCUCUCAGCACUCGUCUGUAAGCUGGCUUUUAUUCUACAUCUGUGUGCAUCAAAUACCUCGAUCAUUCAUGGAAGAGUAGGACGGGGUGUAAGAGACAGAAGGGCUAUUAGAAGGAAAGAAGAAACGGGUCUUGAUAUUAGGCUUUGGAGAUGAAGAUGGGCAGUCCCAAAGGAGAGAGGAAAUAUGGGUUUGGCUUUUCCUUAUGUUAUGUGGAGGAAGUAUAUCAAGUUCAUGGUUCACCAAGUUUAUUUUCCUUGUCUUUCUACUUGUUUGCUUUUCAUCCCAUGACAGAGCAUUAGCCUAAUCCCCGUGUGAAUGACAUAACUUUAUAACAGAUUGUCCUGAAUAGAAGCAUUGCAUGAGAUAUCUACAGGGUCGCCUCUACUUGAAGCUUUGGAGAGGAAGUGAGUCAUGAGCAGCUCUGGCUUUAUAACUUGUCACUCCUGUCCUUUGCUAGCUGAAAGGUGUGCUGGAAUUUUCCAGGUACAGCACUGGGAGAGGUGAGAAGGAGAGCGCGUAGGCUGGGAUUUAGACAGGGAAGGGCUUGGCACAGGGAGAACUGUCCAUGCACUCAACUUCUGGUAAAUGAGGGAAUACCAAAGGAUAAAAUUAAACUGGGAGGGAAAAGCAGCAGAUGUAUUUUA